UAGGGUCGUUCCGGCUGUAGCUUCUCAGGUUGGAGAAAGAGGUGGCGCAGGCCAUGUGGUCCACCCUGCGCUACCUGGGCGGCGCCUGCGAGCCGGCCCGAUGCCGCUUGGCUGGGGACAUCCUCCGGGCAAGCGGGCCGACGUCCCGGGGGCCUAGGCUGCUGUGCGGCGGUAGUCGCAGCUCCAGCACCAGCUCAUUUGACAUUGUCAUUGUCGGCGGCGGAAUUGUGGGCCUUGCCUCUGCCAGAACACUCAUCCUGAAACAUCCCGGACUUUCAAUUGGUGUGGUGGAAAAGGAGAAGAAUUUAGCUCUUCACCAGACUGGACGGAACAGUGGUGUCAUACAUAGUGGGAUUUAUUAUAAACCCGAAUCUCUGAAAGCAAAAUUGUGCGUAGAAGGCGCAGCCCUCAUCUAUGAGUACUGUAAUCUCAAGGGAAUUCCCUACAGGCAAUGUGGCAAGCUUAUUGUGGCUGUUGAGCAAGAGGAAAUUCCCAGACUUCAGGCUCUGUAUGAGAGAGGCCUGCAAAAUGGAGUCCAAGGCUUGAGACUGAUCCAGCAGGAGGACAUAAAAAAGAAGGAACCAUAUUGCAGGGGUCUAAUGGCCAUUGAUUGCCCAUAUACUGGCAUUGUGAACUACCAGCAGGUAGCUUUGUCAUUUGCCCAGGAUUUCCAAGAGGCAGGUGGCUCUAUCUUGAAAGAUUUUGAGGUAAAAGAUAUUGAAAUAGUUAAAGAAAGUCCUUCAAGAAGUAAGGAUGGAAUGAAAUAUCCAGUUGCUGUCACGAACACUAAGGGAGAGGAAAUUCAGUGUCGCUACGUUGUGACAUGUGCUGGACUUUACUCAGACCGUAUUUCAGAGUUGAGCGGCUGCGACCCUGACCCUCAGAUUGUCCCAUUCCGGGGAGAUUACCUGCUCUUAAAGCCCGAGAAGAGCUACCUUGUGAAAGGAAAUAUUUAUCCGGUCCCAGACAGCCGUGUGCCCUUCCUAGGAGUUCACUUUACACCAAGGUUGGACGGCAGUAUUUGGCUAGGGCCUAAUGCAGUACUUGCCUUUAAGCGGGAAGGUUACAGACCCUUCGACUUCAAUGCCAGAGACACUAUGGAAACAAUUCUCAAGAGUGGUUUCAUUAAACUGGUGUUCCAGAAUUUCUCUUAUGGAGCUAAUGAAAUGUACAAAGCCUGUUUCCUCAGUGAAACAGUGAAGCAUCUUCAAAAGUUCAUUCCUGAAAUUACCGUCAGCGAUGUACUUCGAGGCCCUGCUGGAGUAAGAGCCCAGGCCCUGGACAGAGAUGGAAAUCUGGUAGAUGAUUUCGUGUUUGAUGGAGGAUCUGGGGAAAUUGGAGAUCAUGUUCUUCAUGUGAGAAAUGCACCUUCUCCAGCAGCCACUUCUUCCCUGGCAAUUUCUAGACUGAUCGCAGACGAAGUGCAGCAAAGAUUUAAGUUGUGAACAAGGACGGGAGCUGCGUUUGCCUUGUUUUCCCAACAUCAGCCACAAGGGUCUACCAGCUGCGUUUCUAAAUUAUGAUGUAAGAAGAUGAUUUAAAAACCAUACUAUCUAGGUUAAAAUAAAUGACUUAUUAACAGGAUAUAACAGAAUAAUAAUUUUUUAAAACUCAGGUCCAUAUUGUGAACAAAGAAGCAAAGUGUGUCUGUUCCUGGUCUGGAACCUUAAAUCUAUAAGAGAUUUACCCCAACCUACCGUGAUUUAGGAAGAUCCCGCAGAUCGUUUGGGAAGACAGCAUAAAAAAAUGGACUGUUCCCUAAAUCAGUGUUUGGCUUUAUAAUAUUUUCUGGAAAAAAUAUGUCACAGUAUAUUGUAGGAUAUGGCAUUCUUUUAAUCUGAAGUCAAGAAAGCUUACAUUAUUUAAUGGUUUAUAUUUAGAAAUUGGAAGAGCUUGAUUUCAAGAAAAUAAAUGGAAUUUCUAAAUAGCUUAAAACAAAGCCAGUCCUUUAGGCCCUUUGUAAGCCUAUGUCACACAGUGCGACAUCAUCUCUGCAUCUGAUUAGCAGUGUACCUGUGCAUUUCUCUCCUACACUACAGUUUUCUCUGGCUGAGAAAUGAAAGUCCCUAAGAGGACCAUGUUUUUAUAAGAGCAGUUUAAAUCCUGACGUUGGGUGUGGCACUGUAUAAUUUUAAAUAAUUAUUUCAUACCUCAGUCUCUUGGUCACUCUAAGGUUCCCAAGGUGUUGGCCAGAAUUACUAUAUCCUUGGGUUUUCAGAAUUUCUAUAAACUUUGUGAGGACAUUUCUCCAUUUUUGGUUAAUAUCUAACUUGGAGGCAUUCACUUUUGUAAACCGCGAAAGUGCCUUACAUUCUUCAUAUGUACUUCACAAACAUGUUGAGUUGGUGCCAAGUGCCAUACUGUGUACUGUGUACUGUGUGUGUUUGUGUGUGUGGUGCUCUGCUGUUACUGUUUGUAUUUGUAUGUAUAGUGCUAUGCUGUAUACUAUAUAUAUUUAUGUGUGUGUGUUUCAGCUAAUGAAAUGUGUCUUACAAUGCAGAAAGUUGGAAAAUAGAAAUGUACAUGAAAAACUGGCAACCCAGCCAUGGAAACAGAGCCAGCACUUAGGUGAGACACUUCCUCUGUUCUCUCAAGAUUAAUCUUCCUUUUCUUCACCAACACUGUGAUGGAUGCAUGAGAAGGAUGUGCAUGUUGAUAGGAAAACCUUUUCUUGGACUUUUUUCCCCUUCACUUCAGCCCUUGGUGGUUACAUUUAUUAAGCUAUCUCAUCCGUUAAUUUGAAAGAGUACAUAUCAUGAGCUUCCGUUCAAGAGAUAGCACAUCCCCGGUUAAUAGGUCAGGCAGUUAGUCAACGCUUUGAAUGGGGGAUGGACAUACUGAAACUGAGAAAUUGUCUGCAGAGGAAACAGACCCUAAUGGCUCUCCAGAACAAUUGAUGCCUACAAGAAAUGCACACAUGGAGUACCUCUCUGUUCCAAGACUUCUAAGCGACACAAACGUUACAUUAAGAUUAUUCUACCUUGUGAAUAAGAUGAGAAUGUGGCAAGAAACAGAAGUUCUCUGUUUCAUAAACUGUGAGAUCUUGUGUACAUGCACUGAGCUGUGAAAGAAUAAAGGUACAAAGAUAACUGUCAAGAUUGAAGCAAUCCUAUUCCAGUUGGAUCUAUAUUGUAUGCCCCCAAAUAAUAGAGAAAAUUUUGUUGAAAUGUGUCACUUGUUCUGGUUGUAAAAUAUUUGAUAUUUAUGUCCAUAGGAUUUUUGUUAAAUAGUGAUACAUAAGAAUUUUGUGUCUU